AUGCAGUUGAUCCCUCUGCUGGUGGCAUCCAUUGCCUCGCUUGCGGCGGCGCAGACCGCGACUUCUUCUGCACAACCGUCUACCUCCAGCUCUAGCCGCGCAGCUCAAGACAUUCUUGAUGCCUGCAAAGCGACCAUACAAGGCCAGAUCAACUCUUGUAGCCAGACCGACUACUCCUGUCUCUGCAACCAAUACGUCAACAUGUUGACCUGCUAUGCGAACUGUCCCAGUGAUGCCGGUGUCAGUACCGUUCAGCAACAGCGAGACCAAUACUGCAGCGCCGCAUCUGUUUAUGGCAGCACAACCACCUUGGGAACCGCCUCUUCCACCAGCGGUGCCGCAACUGCCACCACAACUGACUCGUCUUCCGAGACAGCAGUCCAAACCGGCUUCGCCAGUGCCACCGACUCUGGUUCUUCUGCAUCAGCGUCCGCAUCAGCGUCUGCAUCGGGCAGUUCUGGUAAUAGUGCAGCCAGCUUGGAAAUGGCUGGCAGCCUCGCCGCUUUGGCCCUCGCCGGGUUCGGCCUUGUUUUGUAA